AUGAAACGCACAAAUACGAGCCAUGAAAAUUCGAUCAGUAUCAACAACACAUCUAAUGUAACAAUCGAAGGUGUUGUUGUAGCCAUCAGCAAUCUGACACACAAACAAAAUCAAAGAACAACUUCAUUUUGGACUGCAUUAUUAUGUCAGUCAGAUCAGAAUAUCAUCAGAAUUACCAAAUACUUAUCGUGUAAACGCAAAUGUACAUUACAUGAAAAACUAGUCGACUUCUAUAAUAAGCAAGAUGGUUGUGAAGUAAAUAAACUGAAAUUCAAUACUGAUGACAGCUAUACAGCAAGUCACGAAACAACUGUCGCCGCAAAACAAUUAUCAAUUAAACCAAAUUGUUUAGAACUUAUUCAACUAGAACAAAUUGAAAGUAAAUGUGAUGGUGAAUAUAUUAGUUUCCUCGCAAAAAUUCUUGAAAUCGGUCCUGAUGAAAAUGUCAUUUUCAAUAAUGCAGACAAACGAGUUUUGAAAUUGAAGAGAGCAAUCGUUAUUGCCGACAAAACAACCUCCAUCUGCAUGAAUAUAUGGCAAGAUCAAUUCCAUUUAAUUAAACAGAAUUCCAGCUAUAAAAUUAAGCUAGCCAAGGUGAAAUUUUUUAAUAAUGAAGCAUCUGUAACAACAAUUUCGAGUACAACCUUUGAAGAAAUCAAUGACAUAGGUGAUGUGCAAACGUCUGAAAUUGUUGAAUUUGAUCAUGAUAUAAAUGUACUUGGCAGCAUCGUUUCAAUCGGAUUAAUUGAACAACAGCCCGUCUGUUCUAAAUGUUAUUCUAAAUCGGUUGAAAUAACUGAAAGAACUCUGAAAUGUAACCGAUGUAAGACGAGAUAUAUCAUGAAAAACGAUGCCCAAGAAAAUCGACUGAAAUUAACUAUCAAUACAUCUGAUGAUAAAUCGGUGGAAUUGAUCAUUGAAAAACAAAAAAUCAAACAACUAUUAGAACAAUGCAAUCAUACUCAUUUAUCAGAAGAAGAUUUGUUGGAAAAUGAAUCAGUUUUAUUAACAUUAUCAUCAAUUAGCCUUUCAAUUAAGUACAACUCAAAAAAUAAAACUGUCAUAAAUAUUGAAAUACAUAAUAUUUAA